AUGGACGGAGCCAUCCACGAUGAAGCAGGCUCUCGAGGGUUGAGUCAACCUACGCAAUCAGGUCACUGGUUCCCAGCUCUGCGACCAGACACCAUCGAUGAGGUCCGCAGCGAAUCGAAUGCGUCCAGACCUUCGAGUAGAAACGUCGAUGUGAAAACAUCUGACCGUAUGUCGACGACUGUGAUCCCCGCAAGACCUUCCUCACGACAAGAUGGAGACCUCCCUUCCUUGGUGGAAGAUAGAAAUACACAGCCAAGCGUUGAAGAUAAGCCUAUAACGGUUGUGCCGGGCGCCACACUGCUGAACGGGCAGGGACCGCAUGCAACCUGGUCCUCUCAGCCUUCAGGCGGAAGCCUUGGAAGCGAUGAACUGCCGUCCGAUGAUGAUGAUGAGAGAUUGGAUCCCCCUUGGGGAAUACAACGACUGGACAGCAGCCAUAUUCUUGACAAAGUUCAUCGCUCUACAACAUUCCCCGAGUUUGAACUACCGGAGACUACAAAAGGUCAACCCGAUAUCGACGUGACGGAGAAUGGAAUGGACCUUGGGACCGUCAAUGGCACUACAGAAGCUGGCGAGACGGCACAAAAAGAAAGCGGAGCCACGGAGCCCCAGAGUCUAUCUUGGAUGAACGAUGAGCAUGAUGGAUCGCGCGACCCCCAGUCGUGGACCAUCCCAUCUAAAGGGGAAACAGUCAAUGAAGAGGCGCUGCGCUUCGAGGAGGGCAUACCGCUUAUUCAAGCAGAUGGGACGAGCCCUACUGUUGGCGGGGCGCUGGCCGAAGGAUCGCGACAAAAUCCCUUUGAAGCGGCGCAAGAUGACGAAGAAUCCGCCUUCUUUUCCAACAUGAACGGCUUUUCAGCUACUGCUCCACAAAGCCCUUCUCUUGGCAGAAAGUCCACCGCUCAGGUCUUGAACGCACUGGACAUGCCUGCUGAUGAUACAAAGGAUUCUCCGCCAAUGCCAGUACCAGCCGAAGCCUCUUUCUUUGACGAGUUAGCCGCCGGGACAACAUCUACUCCGGACGAUAAGAUGCCCGUCAUCCCAGAAACCGAAGAUGUUGACGCUAUGUGGGCAGAAGCACUUGGUGACGAGGAGUUCUUAGUAGAAGAUGCGGACGACCUGCUUCCUGAAUCUGAGCCUGGAUCGCCAUCCUCUUUCAUUGCAUCUUUACAGGACGCCUCAACAGUGUCCAGUGUACCUGCAACCACGGAGCCAGUGCCCAGUGCAGCACCUCAACAACGCCUCCAAGCUCAAAGGCAGAGCUCGGCCAACCCCUACGCGCCUCAUCAACCCUCCACUUCCGACAUGCUGCAGUUGUCUCCUACAGCCCGCACCACGCAUAACAAUGUUGGACUGUCGCGCCCUGAACUAGCUCCGAUGGGUUCUUUCCAAGCCCAGCUCCAGCAGGAACAGCAGUCUCAGAAUGUCAAGAGCUUUGUUGAUCAGGCAAAAGACGGGUAUAAAUCUCCGUACGAUCUGCCCCUAGAACUCAGCAAAUCAAGAAAGAGAGCCCACGUUCCGCAGCCUGUGCAGACAACAAGAUCUGUUGCACCUCCACCGAGGAGUAGCAGUCUGUCAGAAAAGCCCCUGCAAUCACCUUUUCACCCGAACAAUCCGCCAAUGCCAGGGCCUGGUGUUAUGCCACCCCCAGCACCGUCACCCGCCAUGCCUCCACGAAGCGUGUCUGCAUUUACCCCUAGCAAGACCGAGCCACCGACGUCUGGUUCCUCUUCAGGCUUCUUUGAAGAAUUGCCGUUAGCGACAAGGCCCCGACACAGUGGCCGCCACACUCCUCAACAUAGCAUGACCGCCCAUCCGCCAAUGCCGACACAAAGCCCACCCACUGCUCCUCCACCAGUUCAACAGCAGACUUCUCCCCUUGCACCGUCUGAUCCCUAUUCACAGUAUCAAUUGAGACCACCCGAACGAUUGGAUCCUUACGCAAAUGUCCCGCUACAACCUCCUCCUGUACCAGCUGCUACGACUGCCAGAUAUUCACCGGCACCUGUCACGUCUACUCUAGGCCCUCGGCCCGGGCCCUCCCCUCGAUAUUCUCCAGCGCCUCCCCCACAAGCUGCAACUACAACUGCGGCGAGGUAUGCAGCGCAACCGACGCCACCCCCUGCGUCCUUUCAAAGUACGACAGCAUUGCCAAAUAAACCUCUAACGCAACAUCCACAUACUGGGCCCGUCAUCCUGCCUUUUCAACCUCGGACCUCAAGUCCACUUGCAUACCACAAAAGUUCAGUGGAUGAAACUGUCGACCAUGUGGCAACUUCAGUCAUGCAAACUUCACCCCCAUCUGCACCUCCAAAUCAGUUCUCACCUCCUGUUACCACGGCGCCAUACCCAGUGACUUCCCCUGAACGUGGUGGCUUGCCAGACUCACAUCAAGCAUCUGCACGACCCAAUAGUGAACGACUACCUCCUCCACGACGAUCACAAACUCAGUCUCCAUCUAAACAACGCCCACAAGGAAUGUUUCCAAGUUAUCCGAGCGACAUCAUCAACCGUCCAGCUUCUGCGUAUGGACAACCACCACCCGGCAAAACUGUUGCGCCAUUAGAGCACGUUCAGGCCGUCAAGCCCGGUGUUCGAGCUCGAGGGUUAGCUCCAGAAACAGAAUUCGUACGCCCCCAAGAUGAUACUCAAUUCGAUCCUCUAGAGCGCUGGAAGGGUGCUCCGUUGUUUAGAUUUGGCUUUGGUGGCACCGUUGUGAGCACCUUUCCAAAGCUCGUGCCCAGAUACGCGACCGGUGCUGCACGGCCUCAGAUGAAGCCUAUGGCCGGAGGAGUGUCCAUACAAAACCUCAAAGAUGUUCUUCCGUCGGCGGAACUUUGGAAUCAAUUUCCUGGUCCGCUGCGAACUAAAUCGAAGAAGAAAGAUGUGUUAUCAUGGAUGGCAAAUUACAUAAAUGCUAUGGAGGUGGACACACCAACUGUCGUUCACGUUGCCUCUCAUGAUGAUCCGGUCACACGACAUCAUGAAAAGAUAUUACUCUGGAAGAUCGUCCGUGCUCUGGUGGAACACGAUGGUUCGCUUGAUGGAACAGCGCUGCAGGCAAUCAACCUCCUGCUCUCACCAGAGGUCCAUAAUGUGGACCUGUCAAGUCCAAUCCAAUAUCGCGAGGGCGAACAGGUCUCUGGGAUUUACAGACCUCCAGGUGCAAAUGUGCGUCCUGACUCCGUGGACCCGAUGGCAGUUGAGAAUCUACGAAAGCGACUGCUCAGCGGUGACCGACAGGCGGCUGUGUUUCAUGCCAUGGACAACCGACUAUGGUCCCAUGCUCUCAUCAUAGCCUCGACGAUGGACCGUUCAGUUUGGAGCCAAGUGGUCAGAGAGUUCGUGCGUCAGGAGGUAAAGACUACCGGCGAGAACACUGAAUCACUGUCUGCUCUAUACGAAAUCUUUGGAGGCAAUGCUGAAGAGAGCAUUGACGAACUCGUUCCACCGUCUGCUCGUGCUGGGCUCCAAAUGGUGAGUAAAGUUGAUACGGGUGGUCCGGCCAAGAAUGCCCUGGAUGGCCUAAAUCGUUGGAAAGAAACUCUGAGUCUCGUAUUGAACAAUCGAUGUCAAGGGGACCACCAAGCCCUGGCAGUCCUUGGAAGAUUACUCGAGGAUUACAAUCGCAUCGAAGCAGCGCAUAUAUGCUAUCUCUUCUCCAGGAACACCCAGAGACCACUUCUUUUCGGCGGUCUCGAGGAGGAACAUGCUGCUAUCGUCCUGCUCGGCUCUAACCACAAAGCUCAGCCAUUCGACUUUAAUCGCGACCAGGAUGCUAUCCUGCUCACCGAAAUCUACGAGUUUGCGACUAGCAUUCUAGCAACAGGGGCAUCUCUGUCCUUCAUGCCACAUCUUUCUGUUUUCAAGUUACAGCGAGCAGCAAUCAUGGCGGAAUCAGGACUGAGGUCAGAGGCACAAUACUAUUGUGACGCCAUCGCAUCCACAUUCAAAUCGAGCACGAAGAUGUCAGCAUACUAUCAUCCGCUCUUCCUGUCUGAGCUUGAAGAUUUGUCGAACCGACUCAAACAGACGCCAAUCCAAGGAUCGUCAUCUUGGAUUGGGAAACCCAGUCUGGAGAAGGUUGGGGGCUCUAUGUGGAACAAGUUCAGCAGUUUUGUUGCAGGGGAUGAUAGUGACGCCGAAUCCAAAGGUUCAGGAAAAGAGGCAAUCGACGCUGGACCAUUUGCGCACGUCGCUGGCACCCCUUCGAUCAGCAGAACUGCAUCUCAGUCGGAACUGUAUGGAUCUUACCCACAAUCGGUUCCUACAGUUCCAACAACAGUUGCUGGGUCCAGAUAUGCGCCGACCGGCAUGCAAUCCGCUCGAUCCUCCGCAGAAAUUACGCGUGGACGUCCAUCUCUAGACUCUCAAAGGUCACCUCCAUCGACUUCCCAUUCCCAGCACAAUCACCAAUUCGAGUCAAUGAACAUGUUCCAGCAUGUCCAAGUACCGCCUGCUGCGAAUCCUUAUCAAGCGUUUGCCACAGCGUCACCCCCGACUUCUUUCCCGCAGAGCCCUCCACGAUCUUCGUAUAUGCCGAAUAACAGUGCCCAAUCAGCACCUGCGAACACAGCUCCCAUGCGUCCCAAUAGUUAUGCGCCAACUCCGCCCGCUGAAGAUGUCAUCCAACAAUCAUAUGGAUACACUCCUGAGCCGGCUGUUACAUCCCAGAUCCCCGAAGAACCCGCGGCUUACUUUGGCUACGAACCUCCACAGGCUGGAGAAUCUGAAGUAACUCAAAGAAAUGAUGAUUUCGGCAUGGGCGUCGAAGCCCCGGCACAAUCUUUUGGCUACGAGCCGCCUACCGGCGGCGGCUAUGUUCCCUACGUUCCAGAGCCCGACUCACCAGAGGAACCACCCAAUGAGGUAAAAUCGAAGAAGAAAUCGUUCAUGGACGAUGACGAUGACGACUUCCCUCGGGCAUCGCAACGGCAGGAUUUCGAGCCGGGUUCAUCAGUAGAGGAUGAGACUGCGCGUAAACGUGCAAACGACGCAGCAGCAGAAGCCGCCUUCCGUGCUGCCGCGGAAGCAGACGCUGCUCGAGAAAAAGAAAAGAAAGAAUCGAAAAGAUCCUCGUCGUGGUUUGGUGGCUGGCUGGGAGGAAAGAAGACCGAAGGCUUGGAUGCUGGUCCACCCAAGGGCGCCGAUCAAAAGGUCUACAGAGCCAAUCUAGGUGAAUCGAAGAUGAAGCUGUACUACGACAAGGAACUUGGGAAAUGGGUGAAUCCUGACAACCCGGAUGCAGCGAAGAAGACAGAAACCCCUCCCCCACCCAGAAUGGGUGGUACUCCCGCCCCUCCUAUGAGCGCUCCAGGGCCUCCGAGACCACCUAUGUCUUCUACACCUCCUACCUCGCAUCCGAAUAUUCCAGGUCUCGGUAUAGGACCGCCAUCGGCACCAGGAAGUCGCGCUGGUACUCCUGCCGAAGGAGCUGGAGGAUUGGCCAGACCCUUGUCACAGGCUGGAGUUUCUGGUCCUCCAAGUGCCGCUAGCACUCCUCCCAUCGGCCACCCUACAACUCCCGGCCUUGCUCCUCCACCACGUCCUGCCACUGCAAUGAGCAGUGCUAGCAGCAUUGACGACCUAAUCGGUCCAGCUACAGGACGAAAGUCUGCCAAGGCUGGUAAGAAGGGACCCAAGUCGGGAAGAUAUGUGGAUGUCAUGGCGCAAUAG